AUGGUCGUGGCUAUGGGGGGAGUCUGUGGCGGCGGCGGGUGCGAGGGUUCCCUCGGAAUCCAUGGUUGUGGCCGCGGCGGCGAGGACGUCCAUCGCUUCGGACUAUCGGCGCCGGUCUACUUUGAUUUUUCGCGCGGGGAAUGGCCAUCGGCGGGAAUGUUAUCGGCCUCCCUGCCACCGACGCGCCGGUCCGACACACAAGGGAGGGGCUCUUCGCUAGUAGGCGGCCUGUCGUGGAAAGGCUUUGGAUUCAGGCCCAGCCCAACUCUCGAGUUCAUUCCAGGCCAGCCCGGAUUUGCGGCCAUUGCUGGGAAGAUCGGAAGCAUUACCGGCGCAGGCGAUUCCAGUGACACGCCGCCGAAAUGCCUCAACGGCCGGUGUGUGGCGGCAGCGCAGCGGCCCGGGAUCUCGCCGCCGGUACUGGGUUGUGCUGAUGGACGCUGGAUUCCUGGUGCAAGUAUGAGGGUCCGAAAAAGCUUGAUUUUGGCAGUGUCCCGGAUGGUGGCGUCGCUCUCGUCCACUGCACUCUUUCUUCCUGCUUACGCGUUGAAGUGCAACUGGGGAUUUUUCGUGUGACUCAACUACAAGCAUCGUAUGGGAAUAACAGCGGCAACUUGCUUCCGUUUGUGUUUCUGGUGCCUGUCCAGGAGGGGCUGAUGGAGGGCACUAGAAGCUGCUGCCGGUCUGAAUCUGAAUGGAAGCUUUGGUUAGCUCAUUGUUUGGUGCAGUGCCACCGAAAAAAAGCUAUUUCUGGCGCUUCUCGUAGGCUGCCCUGUUACCAAUUAGUGGCAAUAAACUUUGUAGUAGCAGAGACCGUGGAUGUGGAUGAGCCUCGUCCGUGCUUACUAUCUUGCAGCAGACGUGUCCACCAUGGAACUUUCUGCCAUGUUUUUCUUUUACUUGGUUAUAAGGUGUUCAAGUUCCAGGGUUUGGAUGCUUUGGCUGGUGGUUCGUGUGAAGCCACCUGUCUUGGGACUGAAACAUAUGGCAUCUGUGAUGCUUUGCAUUUUCUAAGUUUAAAUAGCACUCGUGCACUUUUUAGCA